AUGGGCAGUAAAUGCUGUAAGUCUGAUCCAGAUUAUGAUGCACUAGAGAGAGAGAGGCAGAAGUUGCUUCUUGCAAAACAACGCCAGAGAGCAAGAGUCAAUGCAGCUGGGAAGAUCCAGGCCUGGUGGCGUGGCACCCUGGUGCGUAGGACGCUGCUAGUAGCUGCCCUCAGGGCCUGGAUGAUUCAGAUCUGGUGGAGAACUCUCACAUGGAGAUGUGUGCGUAAGAAGCAGCAGGCCCUGUUGAAGACCUAUGUAAUCCAGGAGCAGGCGGCGGUCAAGCUCCAGUCCUGGGUUCGCAUGUGGCAGUGCCAUCAACAUUACUGCCAAAUGUGCAAUGCUGUCUGCAUACUCCAGGCCCCAAAGAGCUGCUUCGACUUCCAGACCAAUGAUGUUUUACAGCCACAAUACAAAGGCGCUUCCAACCAGCUAGAGUUCCACAUUGAAAUCCUAUCAGUCUAA